AUGUCAGCAGGGGACGAUGCCGAAGUCCGGCUCAUCCUGGUCGGAAAGUCUGGUGGUGGGAAGAGCGCCACGGGCAACACCAUACUUGGAGGGAAGGUGUUUAAGUCCAUCUUGUCAGCAAAAAUCACCACCCUGAGGUGCCAAAGGGGACAGGGAAACUGGCAGGGCAAGACGAUCUACGUGGUCGACACGCCAGCCAUGUUCGAUUCCGACGAUUACAGUGAGGGUGUGCGACGGGAGGUCAUGUCUUGUAUUGAGUUCUCCCAACCUGGCCCCCACGCCUUGAUCUUGGUGACCCAGGUGGGACGCUUCACCGCUGAAGACGCGGCUGCUGCGAAGUGCAUCCGGGAUAUCUUUGGGACUGAAUCCUCAAAGCACAUGAUCGUCCUCUUCACUUGCAUGGAGGAUUUGGGUGGGGACCCCCUGAAGGAGUACGUCCGAAACUCUGACAACAAAAAUCUACGGGAUGUGAUCCAGCAAUGCCGGAACCGCUUCUACGGGUUCAACAACAAGGCUAUGGGAUCCGAGCGGGAUAAUCAGGUCUCGGAGCUGAUGGACAUUGUGCAGAGAACCGUUUCAGAGAACGGGGGUGGGUACUACACCAACCAGCUGUAUUUGGAGCCCAUCCUGACGGAUGGCAUUGUCAAAGCUUUCCUGGCGGAGAACAAAAAAGCCCGAAAAAUGGCAGAGAAUGCUUUGAACAGCAGCAGCGGCGGCAGCGGGGGAGGCGGCGGGGGCCUCCACCACCAGCACCACGGUGGCAACGGCGGCGGCGGCGGCUUGCAUUUCGACGACCGCUUCUCGGACGAGCAGCUGGUGACCAUGUCGGUGCGAGAACUCAACCGGCAGCUGCGGGGCGUCAGCAAGGAAGAGGUGAUCCGGCUGAAACAGAAACGACGGACCCUGAAAAACCGGGGCUACGCGCAGUCCUGCCGCUUCAAGCGGGUCCAGCAACGGCACGUCUUGGAAUCGGAGAAGAACCAGUUGCUCCAACAAGUGGAACAUCUGAAGCAGGAAAUCUCCAGGCUGGUCCGGGAGAGGGACGCCUACAAGGAAAAAUACGAGAAAUUGGUCAGCAGCGGGUUCCGGGAAAACGGAUCCAGCAGCGACAAUCCCUCUUCUCCAGAAUUUUUCAUGUGAGUUGUGGUCUUCUCUCCCACCCACCCCACCCACCUAUCCAACAACCCAUAGACCCGGCCCGCGAACCCCCUUCGCUCCGACAGCCUCUCGCCCACUCGUCAGAGCACACACGCAGACACACACGAGCGAGCGAACACGUGCGUAAAAGUUCCUAAGGCUGGAGGAAGGAGGGGGGGAGGUCAGCCAGUUGGUGUCCCCCCUCCCUGUUAAUUAUUGUUAACUCGGGCCAUCCAAAUACUGCCUGCUAUGUACAUACCAUCAUUAUCAUCCUAUUCUGUUUAAAAGAAUAGUGGCAACUUUGGGUGGUACUUUUUAAAGUGGACUGACUCAGAUCAUGGUCAACCUUACAAGGUCCUGACCUUUCUCUCCCUUUCCAGCCGCGUUUGUGUGUGUGUCUGUGUGUCUGCAAUCCAACUUCCAUCAACUCAUCUGAAGUUUGCUCAGUUUUUUUUUUUAAUCUGUUCUAUCCAAAAUACAAAACACCCAUUUUGCACCCCGAAUUCUUCCUGUGGGGUAUGAACUUCAGAAAUAGCUAGGUGCAUAUUGAUAUGGCUGUAUUCAUAUACCCGUGAAUGCAGGCAUAUUUCAAGGACCUUUUACUGAACUAUUUAAAGAAAGUGUUAGACUUCAGAUGGCCAAAUUUUCAUCUGUAGUUGAACUAAACCUAGUUCAUUCACUAAAUCUACCUGCCCAAAUGGAGCCUUGAUCAACUUCUCAUGUGUUCAUGAUGUGAUCUUUGGCCUUAAGCUGCCAGUGAACUGAGUCUGCUUUUAGUAACCCAUCCUCAUCUCAUGCAUUAUUACGCUUACUAGUUUGUCUUGCAUCAAUUAACUGUAUAAAUAUUUCAAAAGACUAUGGGGGAGAGAGGAAAAAAGACAUUAUAUUGAUAAAUGCCCUGCAUGCUGGACAUGUACGGAUUUUUUUUCCCUUUUGCUUGGAUAUGGACUUUGGAGAUAUAUAUAAUGGCAUGUCAUUCAUUCUUUUAAGUUGUAUUUCUUCACCACUUUUUUGAACUGAAAGCAAAAAAAGUGCAACUUUUUUUGAGUCUUCCUUACCCAUUCAAGUUUGCAUCUUGGAAACUGCUUUGAGUGGCCCCAUCUCUCAAACUUCAGACUUCUUUUUAAUGAAUUGCAAAAAAAAACAUCUCUUCUCGCUCUCUCAUAUGUAAAACAAAAACAGAAGAGUGGAUUGUGAUUACAGUAUUACAGGAAAACAAGAACUUUGGAAAGAAGUUUUAAAACUUAUGCUUAAAAAAAUUGCUGCAAUUUGUUGGAUUUUACAUGAUAUUGUUGCUUAAAGCAGUCUAAACUUUAUUUUGGAAUGAUCUACCCUCUUUCCUCCCCCACCCUUUUUUUUGUUCCUUUUUGCAUUUGGUCAUUGUCAAACGUGCAAUGCUAUGGGAUCCUGGUAUAUAUAAUUUAAUUCAAGCUUUUAUUGUCUGUUAGUUCAGUUCAAAUGUACGCAACAGAUAAAGGAAUGUUAUAGAUAAUUUGAAAAAAGUUAGGUCUGUUUAGAAGUAGGUCUCUCUUUUUUUAAAUGGUGCACUAAAUUGUUCACUGUUGUGAUGUUAAAAGGAGUAGAAUAUAAAGUGGGACUUUUUUUAAAAAAGUAGCUUAUGCAGCAUGUGAUUGCAACUUAACUAUAAGUUGGGUAUGUGUAGAUCUUGCUAUGCCACCAACUGUAUUUGGAAACCAAAGUAUUAAAAGGGGAGUAUCCCUGUUUAUAUGAAUAGGGUUAUUUUGUGUUCAAAAUGUAACAUUGGGGUUUUUUGGGGGGUGGAUUUAAAUAUUAGGGACUGAAUUGCACUAAGAUAUAACCUGAAGCAAAAUAUAAACCAUUGCAAACUUGUCUAGGAUGCUAAUACCAUUUACAAAGAUGGCAUUACUGCUCAAUUUUUUAAAUAAUGCAGAUUUUUUUACAGUUGUAUUGUGGUGCAGAACUGGAUUUUCUGUAACUUCACAAAUUCACAAAGUUUUAAAGGCAUUAAUCAGCAAAUUUUAUUGUCAGGGACUGAUACUCCUGUCUUUUAAAAAAAUGGAAAGUAAAUACCACAAUAAAUAUAAAAAAAUCUUGUCAGUUAUUUUUCCUCUUGACAUAUUUUGCUGUGCAAAAUUGUUUUAUAUCUUAAGUUACCAACUAAUCACGUGUGAUGUUCCUUAUGUGUUUUCCUUUCAUUUUUCAACUCUAUGGUUAUAUCAAAAAGGAGGAAUAUUCUACUAUAAUAAACUGCAUUUUUGAUUCUGUA